AUGGAUGAACAAAUAAUGCAACCUAGUCAGGCUGUAGAGCAAAAUGGCUUUAGUAAAAUUGAUGCACCAGAAAAUUAUAGGCAUUAUGGUGAUAAUACUGAUACAGUCGACGUUGGCAUAUUGGAUAUUGUGGAAGGUAUCAAUUUGCAUCAAUUUGAAAGUGAUUCAAUGUCUACUUCAACGAUUACAGAAGUUUACAACAGUCCAGAGUACACACCGUACAAUGAACACUCAGAAUCAGAAGAGACUGAUGGAGAAGGUAAUCAAGAACCAAUGAAUGAAUCACAUACCAGUAAUACAAAUAAUGCAAUAGAAUCAGCAGAGACAAUUAUUGUAGACGGAGCAAAAAAAAAACGUAAACAUGCAUUAGAACCAGAAUUUAUCUUAUUACCGAAAAAAAGUAAAGAACGUGUUAUGCAUCUAGAACUUUUGAAAAAUAAAGUUAAUUUACAACAUAAUAGAAAUGUAUUGGAACAAAACAAAGGAUGUCCAUUCAAAAGUAUAGCAGUUGCAGAUGGUUUGCCAAAACGCAGAAACAAUUUAAUGCAAAGUACAACAUUAUUGCACGUAGCUAAAGAUCACACGCAACUGCAAAAUGAAGUUUUUGUAUCUAUGAAGUGUGAUGAUAUAACCUUUGUUGCUCAAAGUGAUGAUUUGAUAUGUUUAUUUGGCUCAAGACUUCUAAAAAAUCACAGAGAAAGGCAUUUAAAAAAUUACAUAUCACAAAGACUCGGACAACUAGCAAAAUUUUUACAAAUUUUACCUGCUAAAGAAUUGAGUGGAUAUGAUGAAGAACACAACACAUAUGUCCAUCCAACAAAUGCACUUAAGAUUGGACACUCAAUAUUACAAUGCGCAGAUAUUCUCCAAAAUUUGUCAAAAAAACAAUUAAACAAAAGUGUCAACUUACCAGAUGCAAAAGAUAUAACACUUUUGCAUAAUUUUCUAUUAAAUCAACUUGAAGAAGUGAAAUCAUUGAUUGAAAACAAAGAAAUAAAUCAAGAAACAUACAAAAUAUUAUGCCAAAACUUACUGACCCAAAUUAUUCUACUUAACCGCCGCAGAUCGGGUGAAGUCCAAAGAAUAAAAGUUAUAGAUUAUUUAAAUAGAAGUAAAAAUAAACUACAAGAAGAAAUCCAAAAAUCACUUUCAGAAGUAGAAAUAAAAUUAUCGGAAAGUUUUGAAAGAUUUGAAAUAAGGGGAAAGCGUGGAAGGGCAGUUCCAGUUCUAUUAACAGGUAUAAUGAAACAAUCUAUAGAUCUUCUUUUAAAAAUCAGAAAUGCCGCUAGUGUAUUUAAACAAAAUGAAUACUUGUUUGCAAUUCCGAAUACUGCAGUAGGAUAUUACCGUGGCUCUGACUGUCUGAGGAAGGCAGCAAACGAAUGUGGAUCAUCUGCCCCAGAACUACUCACGUCAACAAAACUCCGAAAACAUAUUGCCACAAUGUCUCAAUUAUUAAACCUAAGUACAAAUGACAGAGAACAGCUUGCCAAUUUUAUGGGACACGACCUAGCAAUACAUAAUGAAUAG